GCAAAGGUUCAGUGGUGGGCACAAUGCCCAGCAUAGCCAUGUGAGUGUACACUGGCUGUACUCUUGGACUCCUGUGUGUUGGUAGGACCCUUCUGCAGCAGAAUAUGGGACAAACAAAGGAGUUAAUGUGUAACAGCUGUAUUAAGCUGGAUUAAUUGGUUCUGGCCUUGGCUGCUGGCUGGAGCUUUGUUCUCACCCCCCAGCUUGGGGUCCCUUGCUCCAGUGCCUGCACAGCCCCAGCUGCAGGAGCAUGGAACCCAUCCCCACUGCACUCGGCUGGGUCGGGGCUGCAGUAUGCCAGGAUUCAGUGGGGUUUGUCUCCAGCCCUGGCACAUAGCAGGCAGUUGUCUGCUGUGUCACCAGGAGCUGCAAAGGGAUUUGCCCUCCCCAGGGGCUGUGACAUGAUGGCCUUGAGGAGCCCUAAUGGCAGCAAAUAUAUUCUGGACGCACCUUGGAUUGCAGCAGAAUGGAGGGACUGCAACAUGGGGAAGUGAUUUAGGGUGGGAUUAGUUGCACUGCAUGCUCAGGUGAUGGCUGGGGGUAUCAGCCCUGGGAGCCCGGGGGAGCAGCUACAGCACUCCCUGUGCAGGGAUGUACUCCUGUGUGUUUACAGGUACUGCCUGGACUCUGCCCACAUGCUGACGCAGGCAGUGCUGACCUUGUUUCCAGCCCCAGCACCGCAAUGGACUGAGAAUCUUCUGGAUGAAACCGUGGUGCUAAGGGGCAGCCAAGUGUGACAGUGUGCGCUGUGCAUGCCUUGGCCGUGUGUGGUGGCUUGGGAACUGUGGGGACGCUGUGUCCUGGAGCCAGCUGCUGUCACUGCAGGGCAUCCAGCUCCUGGGUUGCCAGCUCAUCUGGCUGUGACUGUAGGGGAGCCAUUGUUCCCAUUCCAGUUCCUGGCCUCUCCCAAAUGCAAUCCCCUUUUGUUGCUGUGACUCUUUCCAAAGGGGCUGGAGUAUGCCUGUCCUGCUUGUCCCAUCCCCCAGUUCCUUUUGCUCCCAUUUUCUGCAGCAAAGCUUUUGAGGGAUUAAUUGCUGUUUCAAAACACGUUGAUGUGGGAGCCAAGCCCAUUGAAUUCCUUUGUGCUGGCCAAAAGCUCUCAGCUGAGGACACCAAAAUGAGCUGCUGAGGAAUUUAGUUUUGCAAGAGUAAUUCUAUUUCUGUGUAAACUUCUGCUCCAUUUUGGGUGCUGGGGGUUAGGAUGCUGUGCUCUCCCUCAAGUGUGUGCCAGCACAGAGCAGAUGUUCUGGGGCUGGACCCUGCCAGCCUGCACCAAGGUUUACCUGUGCUCACACUUCCCUUCCCUGGGAGCAUCAGAGCAGCCCCAGCUCGUCAGGACACCAAGACUCAGCUGAUUGCAGCGCGCCAGUGAUGCUGCUGCUCUGCCGUGCUAUCUCCAGCCUCUUGCUGCUCUGCACCUCAAGGUAGAUCUCUAAAUAUUUUCACUGCCCUAAAUAAACCAGUGUUUGCCAAUAAAAACAGUCCUUCCUGGGCCUGGCAGCUGCAAGUGUGGACAUCAUGGUGGUCGCUUGAGGUGGGGGGCAGGAAGAGGGAGGACGCUGCCCUGUGCCUUCCUCUGCUGCUGCUGCUGGACACAGCCUCUGCAUUGCGUCAAACUGCACCAUGGAGCAGUUCAAGGCUCCUGACCUGAACUUUCUAGAGGAGUGAGAGAUAAGUGGUACAUUUUCACUGGCUGCUAAUCAUUAACACUCUGCUGUCUGUUCCUGCUGUGUGUACAGCUGUGUGCCUGGGGUUCUGGCCAGGAGCCCUGUGCUGCUCUGCUGUGUGUCCCUGCAGCAGCCAGGGAUGGACAGCUGGAUUUGUCCUGCUGGACUGACCCCAGUGUUCCAGAAUCCUUAACUCCCAAAGAGGAACAGGAAAAUAGAUCUGUCAGUGCUGCGUGGUUGGGGUGGAAAGAUGACAGGCAGGGACCCCAUGUGACAAGGGAUGUCUUCAGCUCCAUCUGCAUUUCUGAGGGCUGGCAGGGCAGGAAGGAUUAACCUGGGGAUAUGCUAGUUAGGAUCGCUCUCCCUGCCUGGUUUGCAUAGGUCCUGGAAUCCUACAGCUCAGGAAAACACUGCUGGCAGCCAAGACCUCCCCGGCCUUGCUCUGGGAAUCUCCUGAAACAGCUUGGGAAGUUUCCUGCUGAAGAGAGCACUGGUGUGUCAGCCUGGCAAAGACUGGUGAUGACAGCGCAUUGUCAUCAGGUGCAGGUUUCAGAGGGGGUCAGGGUAUGGAGCAGUCCCUGCUCUAUGCAGAACCUGAUCCACAGAGGGAUAGGAUAAAUGUCACUCCAUCCCUUUGCAGGUGUGCAAACCUCUCCCCUGCUAGUGAACAUUGAGGUUCACUAGCAGACCAGGUGUUUUUGUUUUUUUUGAGGGCGAGCCAGACAGAGCAGGGGCUACAGAAUUUCCCUCCCUGAGUAAUGGGACAGUGAAGGCUUAAGGCUCCUACAGGCAUGCCCUAUGCCACCCUGCAGCCUGUUUUUCCCCUUUUUGCAAGUUGUUCCAAGCACGUUUGUAACAACCCGUCAGUGAUGCACCCUUCAGCAAAAGUGGUUUUGGGUCCAAAGAUCAAUGCUGGGGCAAGUGACCUAUCGGCAGCAAACACGAACCCGUGGGGUAUAAAACUGCGGUGGAGCACGGGACAGCCUGAACCAAGCAGGAGGCUGCGGAGGAGGAUGGAAGCCCCCAUGAACCUUCUGCAUGAUGCAGGCAUCCAGGCAACGCACUGGCUGCAGGAGCAUUUCCAGGGCUCUCAGGACUGGUUCCUCUUUAUCUCCUUUGCUGCAGACCUCAGGAACACUUUCUUUGUUCUUUUCCCUAUCUGGUUCCACUUAUGUGAGCCAGUGGGCAUUCGGCUUAUCUGGGUGGCUGUGAUCGGGGACUGGCUCAACCUCGUCUUCAAGUGGAUCCUGUUUGGGGAGAGGCCGUACUGGUGGGUGCAUGAGACUGAUUAUUACAGCAACACCUCUGCGCCGACCAUCCAGCAGUUCCCACUCACCUGCGAGACUGGCCCCGGGAGCCCCUCCGGCCAUGCCAUGGGUGCAGCAGGAGUGUACUACGUCAUGGUGACUGCCCUGCUUUCCAUCGCCAUGGGCAAGAAGCAGUCAAAAACAUUGAAGUACUGGAUUCUGUGGAUCAUGCUGUGGACGGGGUUCUGGGCUGUUCAGGUCUGUGUCUGUCUGUCCCGCGUUUUCAUCGCUGCCCACUUUCCACAUCAGGUCAUCGCAGGGGUCAUAUCUGGCAUGGCCGUGGCUGAGACCUUCCAGCACAUCCACUCCAUCUACCAUGCCAGCCUCCGCACGUACCUGGGCAUCACCUUCUUCCUCUUCAGCUUCGCCUUGGGCUUCUACCUGCUGCUGCGUGUGCUUGGUGUUGAACUGCUCUGGACGCUGGAGAAGGCACAGAGGUGGUGUGCCCGUCCUGAGUGGGUCCACAUUGACACCACGCCCUUCGCCAGCCUUCUUCGCAACCUGGGCAUCCUCUUUGGGCUGGGGCUGGCCCUGAGUUCCCACAUGUACCUGGAGAGCUGCCGCGGGAAGCAAGGCCGCCAGCUGUCCUUCCGCCUAGGCUGUGUUGCCGCCUCGCUGCUGGUCCUGCACCUCUUUGAUGCCUUCAGGCUGCCCUCCCACAUGCAGCUGCUCUUCUAUGUCCUUUCCUUCUGCAAGAGCGCAGCUGUGCCGCUGGCCACCGUCGGCCUCAUCCCCUACUGCAUCUCUCAGUUUCUGGCCACGCAGGACAAGAAGGGUGUCUAGGGGCAGGUAACAGCAUGGCCACCCUGGCUCAGGAACCAUGGGAUCGUGGGGGUUGUGCUGGUUUCUCCCCAUUAUAGCUUCAUGGGCUGACUCCAGCAUGGCGUGCACCCACAGUGCCAGAUGCACCACAGGUGCCUGUGGCACAAGGGACAGAGACAGCAAGAGCAAGGCACUGUGCAGUUGUGGGUGCUCAAAGGCUGUGGCAAGGCAGCUCUGCAGGGGGACAGGCAGGAGGUGGAAACAAACACCAGCUUGUGGGAGCCCUCAGCCCCUGCACAGUGCUC